CCGGCCCCGCCCCGCCGCCAUGGGGGCCGCCGUCUUCUUCGGCUGCGCCGGCAUCGCCUUUGGGCCGGCGCUCGCCCUCGUCCUGCUCACGGUGGCGGCGGAGCCGCUGCGGGUCAUCGUGCUGGUGGCGGGGGCCUUUUUCUGGCUGGUGUCGCUGCUCCUGGCCUCUCUGAUCUGGUUCGUGUCAGUCCAUCUCAGCGACCGGGAGGACGCCAAGCUGCAGUACGGCCUCCUCGUCUUCGGGGCGGCCGUCUCCGUCCUGCUGCAGGAGGUGUUCAGAUUCGCCUACUUCAAGCUGCUGAAGAAAGCGGAUGAAGGCCUGGCGACCAUCAGCGAGGACGGCCGGUCCCCCAUCUCCCUCCGGCAGAUGGCUUACGUCUCGGGCCUGUCCUUCGGCAUCAUCAGCGGCGUCUUUUCUGUCAUUAACAUCCUGGCGGACUCCAUCGGGCCGGGCAUCGUCGGGAUCCACGGGGACUCGCCGUACUACUUCAUCACCUCCGCGUUCCUCACCAUGGCGCUCGUCUUGCUCCACACCUUCUGGGGGGUGAUCUUCUUCGACGCCUGCGAAAAGCGCCGCUACUGGUGCCUGGGGCUGGUGGUGGCCAGUCACCUCCUCACCUCGGGGCUGGUGAGUUUGAGCCAGGGCCGCCCGCGCCAGAAGCUGUCCCCGAAGUCGAGCUGUCACCAGCUGCCCCUCUGGGCACGGGGAGGGGGACGCGGGGACACCCCCUGCUGCUUCAGACCCCCUGGACCCCCGCCCCUGAGCUGUGGGGCGAUCACAGCCCCCCGGGCAGCCUGUUGGGGUGCGCUGGGGGGAAGGAGAGUUGAGGAAGGGCCGGGGGUGGGACGGAGGAUUAUCCGCUAAUCUCCUGGUGGGAAAUCGCCCGGCAGGGGUUUAAACUUCCCGGAGCCUGUCUAGCAACACCAGAUAACACUGAGCAUCAAUUCUGUAGGUUGGAAACUGGAUUUUAGAGGGUGCCUGGGCUGAGUUUGCUUGUGAGCAGCGACGGCAGCGCGCCGGGCAGGGCAGGACUCUGCUGAUGCUGCAGAAAUCAAAGCAAAUCUCUCUGCUCGGGAGCAGCUCCCGGGGUUACCUCUGCUCCUAGUCCAUCUCAGUAACCUUUUCAGCUCAGCAAGGCGUGAUUUCAGAUGGUGACGAGAACCACUGGGGGCAGAACGGCUCCAGAAAAAUGUCUUUUAACUCUGCUUUUAAUGUUGUUUUAUGUUUUACACCGCCCUUGUCUGAGCAGCCCUUGAUUUAUAGUGGUCAGACCCAUUUGGCGUUAGGGAGUGUAUUUCCUACGGGUUGCUCAGGUUUGUAUCGGAGGUUCCUGAUGUGGUUCAGACAUAAAUGUUUUUCAUCUGAGAGGGUCUCCAGAGGCUCCGCUUAAAGUCAGUGGAGAUACUGGGCACCCGUUUCUCUCCGUUGACACUAAAGGGGGUCCGGGGGGGUCCGGGGGCUCAGUGUCCCUCGGGGUUUAUUCGUAAUUGCAGAGGACUCGAUUCAGUGGCUUCUCGGUGCCCUCGCAUUUGUUUACAUGGGCAAAGCCCCACCUCCCUGCCCAGCGGAGGCCCCCCAGCAUCCUUUCCAACCCCGCUUAGUCCAACUUGCAUCAAACAAAUCCAAAAAAAGCAAGAAUUUCUCACCGAAACGAGAUGCGUAGUCAUAUAAAAACUCUGUUAUCUCCUCA